AUGUCUUCAUUGAUUCACCACUCUCCAAAGGUGCUCGUGUUAGAUUUGGAUGAAACAUUGAUUCACUCAACCAGUCGAAUUGGUGUACGUCCACAUCAGGUGGAAGUGGUCUUAGACGGUCGUAGUAUUAUCUACCACGUAUACAAACGACCACAUGUUGACACUUUCUUGCGCAAGGUUGCCUCUUGGUACCAUGUUGUAGUCUUUACAGCAUCUGUUCAAGAAUAUGCAGAUCCCGUCAUCGAUUGGCUAGAUCAAGGUAGGGGCUUGAUUAGUGGUAGGCUGUUCCGUGAAUCGUGCACGUUCCGCAACGGAUCCUACUACAAGAAUCUCGCAUUUGUUGAUUCAGAUUUGAGUCGAGUUUGCUUGGUGGACAACAGUCCUGCAAGCUAUAUGAUCAAUCAAGCGAACGGUAUUCCGAUCGAAGGAUGGACUCAUGAUCCAAGUGAUGAAGCACUUUUGGAUCUCCUGCCGGUCUUGGAUAGCUUGCGAUUUGCAAGUGAUGUUCGACAUAUUUUAGGCAUUCGUGGCUUUUCAGACCCAGCUUUUAAAGCUUUGCCUCCGAUUAGUGCGUAAUGUUAGUGUAUGAUCUUUCGCAUAAUAAUGUACUUUUUAACGCAAAUGAUGGAUAUUAAUGUUAUGUAAUGUAC